AAUACGUUCAUCAAUAGGGAACACUUGUUUUGAUGUUCGCUGUGAUAUUAAUUUCGAUUUUGCACAGUAGCGAUACUAUCCUCCGUUAUCGAAACGAGAAAAAUCUGUUACGGAGAACAUUGGAGGGGCUUAUUUCGUAAGGUAAUAUUUUACUUAUUCAGCGCUGUUGACGGAAUUUGUAAAGCUGGAUAAGCUUAAUUAAAAUAGCUUCAAGUUAUCGAAGCAUUGUCAUAGUUACCUGUUGAAAAAUACCUUGAGGAUCUGGCAACAGUGGAUUACCUACUGCGAGUACUUAGAAUCCGGUUCGAACUUUGUUUACAAAUUGGUUAACCUCAAAAAAUGUGACGAGCCGACUGUAUAUUUUUACAUUAUUUACAUCUGUGGGUUUUUAGAAAAACCUUACACCAAACAUGAACUUAGAUUUAAAGUUCCUCGAUAGUUUUAAACUAAGCACCACAUACGUUACAAACUAUGCCUGUGGUAAAUCAGAAAACAACGAUUUUUUUGUAUUAACUGACCAAGGGAUUUAUAUAUUGACACUGAGGGGCGACUUAUCUUACAGUUUUCCCCAAUUUUCGUGUAAAAAGUUAUUCAUGCCAGUAUCCACCUACGCUGCAUGCGAAAACAUAGACAUAGAUGUGAAUUCUUUCAGUAACUAUGUAGAACGAAAAGACUUGUACGAAUUGGCCCUAACAAGUGAAUACUCUGUAAAUUUAAAACACGCCAACAAAUUAGACAUUUUACCUCUUAAAGCUGAGUGGUCACCACAAGGCUUAAUUGAUACUACAGGUUGUAUUUUAGCAGUGUUAAAUAGUGUGUACAGUUUAGAAUUGUAUGUGCGAUAUGUUAAUAAAAACGAAAUUGUCGAGUAUGUGACAAUUUCCAAUAUAUUAGAGGAGGUAAUAAACGAGGCUAAGCAAAAGUGGGAGUCUGCAAACAGGUUUUCGAUUGAAAUAAAACUCAGACAGUUUAAGAAUAGGAUACAGUUUGUGUCUAUAACAGGUUUUACAUGGGGUCACAAAUUCAAAAUAGGCUCAAUACAACAUUGUACAUUAUUUGUUGGGCACAUGAAUGGUGACAUAACGGUAUGGAGUGUACCAGAAAAACUUGUUUCUGGACAAAACUGGAAACCGCAAAUAUUAUGUAGAUAUGCCACAGGGUUGGAGAGGAUUGUUACCCUGCAUUGGCACCAGACAAGUGAAUUUGGUGGAGGAUUGUGUUUUGCAGAUGUAUCUGGCAGGAUGAAAGUUGUUCACAUAACAAAUUUAAAUAAACCUGUUGCAAACGUGGAUAACGAAACUAUAUUUUGGAAUGAACCUGAUAAAGUAGCUAUUGAUAAAAUCACUGUGAUGGAGCAUGAUAGUUACACAUUUAUAUUGGCUGUGAAGCAAAGAAUAAUUUUAAUAUUCGGACUUGAUAAAAAUGGAGAUGUUUUUGGACAAAAGGCGUGUUAUGUCGACGAUGUCUACAUAACAGGGCUUCAUCACACAGGCAACACUAUUUAUGUCCUCACCCUACCAGGAAUUUUCACGGAAUUGACGUUAACAGUCCAAGAUGAGAAGAUAAAAGUUACAGACAAAAAGAUCUCCCUGAAGUUCGAUAUGAAAAAGUACCGCACCCACGGUUGUUUUUUCUCGAAAAACUUCGCGUUUUUUGGACUGUUAUGUCAGCAGUGGGCUCAAGAUGGUUCUAGAGUACGCGCCAUUGAGGCAGAAGUUAUCGUCUUCCAAAAUUUGGAAAUGAAACUGAUUGAUUCGCUCUGGAACAACCCCAGUGAAAGUUUGAGAGAUUAUUGGGACUGUUUGGAAGUUUUAAGAAUAACAUGUAUAAGAGAAAAGCGAUUUCCAUGGUUAGGAAUUUCACCGGACCUCAACUAUGAUAAACUUUCCAUAUACCAUCUGAAACUGCUAAGGCAACUGGCAAAACUAUCUGAAAUGGUGUUUAACUUUGUCCCGGUAGUCAAAAAUUAUGACAUCAAACCGUUCAUACUAACCCAUUAUCUACUUCAAAUAAAACUGGUUGUACAAAGGCUGAAAAGAUUGUUGGCGCAGAAAGAUUUGAGUGUAUACCAGAUGAGAAGCAUUGACGUGCAGAAUUUCUUUUUGAAAGAAAUGAUCGCCAAGAAUAUACUUGCGAAAAGUAACGUUGGAAAGACGUUUAUAGAUGAUAUAAGAAGCGUUAUGGAGGUCGCCAACGAAAUGAGAUAUCCGGAUACGAUGCAGUGCAUUUGGUGUGGAGAGAAGAUUCUCGGUCCAACGUGUCUACCUCCCCACGCAGAUGCUCGCUGUUGCUUCUCCAUGAUGCCAAUACUGGUAGUUCCAUCCUUCAAGUGUCCGUAUUGCUCGUCUCUGGCGCAUCCACAAGAAACACAAGAACCGGUACCAUGUCCUUACUGCGACGUAUCCAUGGAUCGUAUACCGGUGGAUACGGAGAAAUACGAAAACGAGGCCAAAAAGCUGCAUCUGCAUUGGGAUGGAGAAGUGAAAUCUCCGUGUUACAGUGACUGUCUACGCGAGGAGAUUUCUUGUGAGGAUAUAGAGGAGAACAGUAGGGAGUAUGUCGUGUGCAGUGAUAGCGAAGACGACGAAGAGUGUACGAAAUUGAGGACGUUGUACGAGAGGUUUGGACAUUUGAAUUUGGAAGAGAUCCUGAAGAUGGAUAUGAGUGAGGACAGUAUUGAAAGGGAAGACGGUGAAGCUAGUAAAAGGAUGAAAUUGGAAAAUGAUGACACUGAUAUUGAGUGAUUGUCUAUUUUUUUGUACAGAAUAAAUAUGUAUAUAAGAUUAAACAGAUGACUAGAA